GAGUACUACUACAUUAUUCAGCAUGCCGUCGGUAGGAAGUCACAUGCAGCAGUACGGCCAGGGGCCCAGCUGUUGGGACAGGAUCAAACUGGGCUUUGGAAUCGGCUUCGCAGUCGGCAUCAGUGCUGGCGCACUCUUUGGCACAUUCGCAUCAUUGAGAAUGGGUCUGAGAGGACGGGAGUUCAUCGGACAAGUCGGCAAAACCAUGAUGCAGAGUGGAGGAACAUUUGGAGUCUUCAUGUCCAUCGGAACUGGGAUCAGGUGUUAGAGAUAGGAAGUGGGGAGGGGGGCUCUUGGGUUAUAGUAUGGCUUAAAAACAUAGAAACACAUAAUGUUGACUCAUGAUCACUGCAGAGAAACAUCAGUGGGGGAACACGCUGGAGCAGUCUUGUACCAAUGUAAAGUCUGGUUUAUAGUGUGGCUUAAAAAUGUAGAAAAAACAUAAUGUUGACUCGUGAUCACUGCAACAUUACUUAAUUUAGUGAGAAAACACACUGGAGCAGUCUUACAUGUACCAUGGAUUAAAGUAUGGCAUAAAAAUAUAUGGAAAACGAGUUGUGAUCACUUCUAUCAAGAGGAAUAUUUUAGGCUGGCAUCCAAACCUAUUACAGCUGCCUGCAGCUGGUCUCUUUCCUAUUCUGUGUAAAUAGAGGAGAGGACAAAAGAGACACUGCAGUUGCAAGAGGCCUGGAUACCAGGCUAGAAUCUUUCACAGUGGCAUACAAAAAUCGCAGGGAGGAAACAUAUAUUAGGGAUGUCUUAGGAAAGGAAGAAGUUUGGGUUACAGUAUGGCUUACAGAAUCUAUCAAAGUGUAAUGUUGUAGGCACUGCUAUUAAGUGGAAUCUUCCACAGUUAAAU